AUGGAGGCUGUGCGUAAACAGAGGACGCUCUUGUACCUGCUGCUGUUUGCGUUAUGCGCGUCCAGCCUCGGAGCGCGGAGGUCCAGUGCGCGCAGAUCAGAGCGCCUCAGUCCUCCCCUGGACAUUCAGCUGGAGACUGUGAACUGUUCCUCCUUCAGCGUCAGAUGGAAGAUGCCACGAAGACACGUCAGCACCAUCACCGGCCACGACUCCGUGAAGCUGAUCAAGUUCGCGGACGACACCACCCUCAUUGGACUCAUCUCCAACAACGAUGAGUCCGCCUACAGGAGGGAGGUGGACCGGCUGGUGUCCUGGUGCAGUGGUAACAACCUGGAGCUGAACGCCCAGAAGACAGUGGAGAUGAUUGUGGACUUCAGGAAGAGCACUGUCCCCCCGCCCCCACUCUCCGUGAUGGACUCCCCCAUCACCUCUGUGGAGUCCUUCCGUUUCCUGGGCACCACCAUCACCCAGGACCUCAAGUGGGAGCCGACCAUCAGCUCCCUCAUCAAGAAGGCCCAGCAGAGGAUGUACUUCCUGCGGCAGCUCAGGAAAGCCAAGCUGCCUGCACAGAUGUUGGUGCAGUUCUACACGGCCAUCAUCGAGUCCAUCCUCACCUCCUCCAUCACCGUGUGGUUCGCUGGAGCCACAGUCAGGGACAAACAGAGACUACAGCGCAUUGUGCGCUCUGCAGAGGAAGUGAUCGGCCGCAGCCUUCCAUCGUUGCAGGACCUAGCGCUGCGCAAAGAAGGAGAAAGAAAGGGGGAGACACCUAACAGCCCUGGGGGUCUCUCUCUGCCGGACACAUCCAGCGUGGAGAGUCUGCCAGUUGGACACAAGUACAUGACAGAGGAAUGGCUGUUGGACGACUAUGAUAAUGUGAUGGAGUUGGUGAAAGUGACCAUCAGCCGGACACACACCUCCUCCCCCUCUGUGCCCAGGAGCAGACAUCGACGAGCCCAGCACAGAGAGCCGGAUGCCCAGAAGAGUAGAGGUGGCACAGGGAAGAGAGGGGGGAGAGGAGGGAGAGGGGGACAGCGCGGCCAAACCCAGGACUGUGUACUGAAGCAGGUGCAGCUGAACAUCUCCGACUUAGAUCUGGGAUACCGCUCUGAAGAGGAGAUGAUUUUCAGAUACUGCUCAGGGCUGUGCCGUAAGUCUGAGGCAAACUACGACAAGAUCCUGUCCAACCUGGUCCAACACCGCAGACUUCCUCCCAGAGACCGUCCCGCCCACGUGUGCUGUCGGCCAAUCGCAUUUGAUGACAAUCUAUCAUUUCUGGACGAUGAUUUGGUGUACCACACGAUGAGGAAGCACUCAGCCAGGAAGUGCGCCUGUGUGUGA